ACGGCUUUGACACAACUUCGGGACGUCGCAUAUCGGUCCAGCUUAUAUCUAGCAUGCUAUUCGGAAUUCAUGGCGGAUUGGAAGGAGAAAGGGGUGGUCCCAGACUCGGACGAUGAAGACGCCCUCGAUAGCCAGAGCACCGCCUGUGACCACCAACCACCUAACGAAGAACAAAAGAAUGAUGUUCCCAUCAUUGAAAAUGAUUCGGAGACCCACGAUAUCGGGGGAAAAGAAGAAACAGGGUGUUCGGAACAGGAAGAUUUGGAGAAUUCCAAUUCAGCUACCCCUGCCGCUCCUGACGAACUCUCUGAACAAUCUCUCUCUGCACCAGUCCCUACUUCCGAUCCCAAAAACUCUUCAAAGACGCAUGUUGAGGGACAUGAUAGAAUCCCAUCUUCCUCUCCAAACUCUCCGAAAGUCUUUAAGGUUCCUAAGAUGUUUUGGGAACUCGCGGAGGAGGAUUUCCCAGGGAAGGAAGAGAGGUCCAUUCCUAAACCAGGCAGUGGGAAAUCAGCCGACGACGACGAGAUAUCCAGAAGUUAUGUGCAGAUCACCUCGCCAACAUCAAGCAUCCUUACCUCUCUUCCUGCAAGUCAGGUAAGCCUGCCCAAAAAUGCUCCGCUCGGUCACAGAGGAUCGACUCCACUUCAAGGCGGAACUCAAGCAGCAAUUUCAUCUGCCAACUCUAUCGAAGAAAACGUUCAUGUCCCGGGAGCAAUGACUUAUGAGGGACGUUCUCUGCGGCAGAGGAAUCCUAUUCAACUCCACCCUUACAUUGUGGAGCAGGAAAAGUACCGCCAGACGUUGAAAGCACGGGGCAUUGCACCAAUGAGAAUUGCCCUUUCCCAGGAUGAAUCGCAUCGCAAGUCUCGUCAAACUGCUUCACCGGAACUCGAUUCGCAAGAGAAAGACUCACAAGAUGCCACUGAAACGGGAGAUAGCCAGCCGAUGGAUUUCGAUUGGGACCCGCUACUUUCGUCAUCUCCCCUGAGGCCAGCUGAGAACGGCGCCGCGGCCAGUGCAGAGGGCAACGAGCAUACCGCGACAGAUAAUGAUGAGGGAGAUGACGAAGAUGAGGAAUUUCCCGACAUUGAUGAGUUACUUUCAACUCGGCUACCCUUGCUACACCCAAACGGACCCAGACGUCGAAUCAAAUCCUACUUGACCAAGCAAAAAGUCCAAGUGUUGUCCAGGGCUCAAAACGAACGCAAGGGGAAUCUGGUUCGUAAGGGUCCUUCGAGCAGCGUCUUCGGCGUCCCCGCCUCGCCACCUGCAACGAGUUCUCCAUUUCCAAUGACCUCGCAUGGGUCCGCAUCCUCCAGGUCUCACGCAAAGUCGAGAUCCUUGAAAGAGUCAACUCAGACCAUCUCAGCUCAGACCAAUAUCAAUACAGACAAACUUGCAGACCUCCCAACGCCAGCAACAAGCGCUGCAAAGCCAAUUCCAGUACUAGUGGACUCAGAUUCCGAAGACGAACUCGCUGGCGAGCAAAGGGCCACUUCUUCGGAUGAAUCAAUCCAGAUCCGGAAAGUGAGCAAAAAGAUUCGAGGUGUUUUACCUGCUUCACAUCUUCGGUUAGAUUAUCAGCAAAUAAAGCCUCAAGCUUCAGGCCGGGGUCAUCGAGACGGUUUCAGUGUUUCGCCAGUCAGGACAGAACCUCGCCGUGGUGUCGCUCUUCCUAGGGCUUAUGGGCCUUUGCAAAGUCCGUUAGCCUCAACCGGGCCUGGAUUUGAUUUCCUUUCGAGUGAUUCUGACCAGGAUGAGGAGGGAAAUAGAGAGGGGGGCUUCAUUUUUGAGGACAAUCCUUCGUCGCCGUUGGACAGCCUAUUCAGCAAAUCUCGCCUGGGAUUCGCGGAGGAGGAUGAUCGAAUUGAUGCCAUGCUGCCACCCCGCAAACGACAGUCAACGAGCUCCAAGACUCGUCAGCGCAAAAGGAGCCGUGUUGGAUCCAGCACACUAUUUCAAGCGAUAAACAAGCCAUCUACCCAUCAGCCAAAAAUCACCGAACACCUUCACCGCACUCAACAGUCUGGGUCUCGGUCCAAAAGCUCCAAAAGAGCAAAGAAAUCGGUAUUAGCUCUUGGCAGUCAGAAUGACGAUAGAUUAAGCCUCCCAAGAGAACCCCCGCCUCCAAGACUGAGUAUCCUUGAUGUUUUCGAUGUCCAUAGGAAAGUCGCUCAGAGUGCACCUCAGUUUAUCAGGAUUGCUGCUCGUACUUCUCGCUCUAAAGUAGGGCAGGGCAGGCAAAGCCCUUCCAGAAAGUUCAUCCGGUUGGCAAAUCGUGAGGAUACACAUGAUGCGCAGUCGGUAUUAGAGGACUGGAGAGAAGGAAGGAUUGUAUCGAAGACCCCAGACAGCCUUGCCCCACCCUCUGACCAAGUCUCGGUGCGUUCUUUAAAGGAAAUUGAGAACAACAGACAGACAACAUUCCAACCUCCAAUUUUCAAAUUGAAGCAACAUCCACGGAUCUCAAACACCGGAGGUGUGGGUAUCCGACGCAAACUCGUCAUUUCGAGAGGCAAGCAACGAUCAAUGAAUGCUUUUGUUACCAGAGCACAAGGAACCACUCAAGAUCCAAAUAUAUUUCCGAGACAAGAACGCGCGAUCUCAGAGGGGCUGCGAAAGGGAAAGCCUCGAUACGUGCCUCCUGCCGGACGCUUUGCCCAGCUUGAGUCAUCGGAAAUACGAAAUACUCUCCAGCAUUCAGCCAGUGCGUUCAGGUCCACAAAGAAGACCCUCGAUGCCCUUUAUAGGAUCUCUCGGAAGCAGCCCGUUCCCCAAGCCAAUCUCCAGCUCAGUCGCUUCCUUGCAGAUGAAGAUGUGGUCCGUCCUUCCGUGGAACUAAGGAAAGCAGUUGGCGAUACGAAGCCUGGUGUGGGUGUGACAUCUCAGAAAUCCAGGGAUAUUAAGCGCAACAGGUCAAGGCGCAAGAAGAGAUUACCACAGCGGCUGGAUGCAGGCGCAGCGGUCUAUCGACAGCCUAGUGACCCUUUGAUCUUGGAGUUUCUCGUGCCAGCGACCGAGCGUGAAAAUAAAAUCGUUGAGGGUCGUAAGCUGUUAGGUUUGGCUAAGUUUGGGACAACUUAUCCGCUUCAUUUUGAUGUCUUCCCAUUGCAGCCUGGUGUGUUCUUCCAUGAGAAUACAUUCAUCGGGAGUGGGCGUCUGUCUAAGGCCCUGCAGAGGGCUGGAGAUAUUUACCCUCGAAGCAUCCGCUCACAAAUAUCUUUUGUGCUUGCUGGUAAAACCUUCACCUGGUGCCAAUGGAACGAAGACGUGUCGUCCGAGAUAGGCUUGUGUUUCGACUGGCUUGUGGACCAGCUGGCAUCCAAGAGUCCGCCUCCGUCGUCUCCUUCCACAGUAGAUGCUGCUCACGUCACCAGUUCUAUCCUGGAAUAUGUGCACCACCAUCUCAGCUUUGAUAGUACUGAUGAUGUGAAGAAUUUUUUGUGUCGGAUGAUUGAAAUAUUGCAAGAUGCUUUCUCCCGCCUUGAGAGUGCUGGAGACGAUUUCAACCAUUCAGAGAUCAGAGCUUGGAUCGAAGUCGCGUCUAUGUUCAUGUUAAUUCUGUUGGAGCUUCUUCGAAUUGCUCGUUCUCGGAAUGAGGACUCUGUGGCUUACCAGCUAGAGGAUUUGAUGAAGAGGAGCGCUACGCGAUGUGUCAGGGAUCUUCUGUCCCAGAACGUAGAUCGUGUUCGUAACUUGUAUGAUGACCUGCAAUACCUUUCGUUCAGGGAAGGCGGCAUAAAGAGUAACGAGUAUAUAGUUCAAGGGUGGGUGAUUGUCAUGAAGGUCCUGGAGGCGGCACAAAUCUCAAGGGGAUCUUUUUGGGAUGUUGUCAAUCCGCAAAUGGUCACUACCAAUAUGAAGAACGUCAGUGAUGCUCGAAUGAUGGAGAAGCUUUGGUACUCGAUGUUUUCUCUUCUUCCUCUAUGCGAAUUCGAUGAAUUUGGAGUGGUUAUCGAGGGCCGCAGACAAAAGGUGUCAUUCGACAACUGGUCUUUACCACAACAACUGUUAAAGAGGGUCUUUGCGCUCUACCACGCCGACUCGAGGCAAUCUCCUGGCUUUAAUGAUUACUGCCAGGGUAUUGUCAGUCGCUGUCAUUAUCUGAUGGUCGAAUGGGGCUGGUGGAACUGCAGUGGAGUGAUCGGUACCUUGUUCGACUUCUUUGGUUCUCACAAUCUCGCCCAUCUCCGUAACGAGGAGGCGUACGCAUCGCCACGCUUCUUGCAAGAACUCAACACUGAACCUAAAUUAACGCUUGAAGCUGAGGACCGCUGCUUUCACAUAUUCCUCAAAAUCGUUGCUCUUGCAAUCAGGCACUUUGAACAGGUCGGUGACGGCAAGAGUAUUCGAAAUCUGGUUGCUCGCUUGCUGCCAAACCACAACAGACAAUACCCCAAAGAGGAGUCCAUCCAUCAACGAGAUUUGGCUUCCUUGCGCAACCAUCACGACCUUCUUUGCACUCUCUACUGGGCAGCGCCACCACAACAUCGACUAUCGCCUACGCUAAUUCAGGAGCUUGUUGUUGCUGAUAAUUCACACAAAGAGGCGUGUCUAAUCAACCUCAGGGCCUGGGAGCAGCUCGCAAGCUUUGUCCUAACACAUGACACUAAGCAGGAGACAUACCAGCCCUUGAAGUCGUGGUAUCGAGACUUCUUCAGCAAACUGGUUGAACAAUAUUUGCGAGUCGAGAGCGAAAUUCGAGACCAAGCCCGCGCGCUACAAGGGACGAACGAGCAAGCACCACAGGAAAAGCAGCUACAAGAAGUAAUUAUGACGAACAGAGAGACUCUGAAGGUCACGCUAUGCACGUUCGUAAAGGGCAUCACUUGUCGAAUCGAAGGAGCCCAUUAUCCCACAGGUUGGAUGAACGCAUUUGAAACAUUGCCUCUGGAGAAGGCGUUGGCUCUCCUUAAGGUUGAUACACACAGCAGAUCGUCUCAUGCCUUACUCCACGCCUGCGUUGAAGUCGUCAACUCGUACAUAGAUCAAGUCGACGUGCGAGCUCUGUUGACUCAAGACGAAGAUGGUAUCAGCCCGACAACCGAUGAAGCAGUGGCCUUUCUCGAGAAAAGUUUAUUGCUUCCAUUUCGUUCGUUGGUAAAUCAUUAUCUAGAUGCCACGUUGCCCUUGUCCGUUCACAACAACAUCUAUUUCGCCAACGAACUAUACGAAGAGUUGAUUGCUUGUUGGGCCCGUUUCGUAGCGCUCGUGACAGAUAAAUGGGAACAACAGGGCUACAGUUAUUCUCUGAUUGAUAACGGAUUUGUCGGAAACGGACCAAAUGCAGUCUUUAAGAAUCGAUCUACGAAUGGCUCAGAGGCUCGUUACUGGCCAUAUUUUCUUACGAAACUUCUCGAGUACAAGAAAACGGAUGUAGUCAAAUUAUACGGCCUCAAUCGAAUCUUCAACUUUGAAGUAGAGUGGCUCCUGAAUCUUAGUGGUCCUAAGCCAUCGUUCGAAUCCGAAUUCACACAUCAACUUCAGAAGAGAGGCUUUUCUUUGAGCACAGAAAUCUCGCGCAAAUGGGCCCCCUCUCAAAAGCUUCGCGGUGCGAUUGGCACUAUGGGGCGGGACAUGCAAGAAAUGACGAAAGAGAUGACAUACAAAAGUGCUAAACAGAAAGCCAUGUAUAAUUUCCUGCUGGUUGAAGUUAUGAAGAACAUGCAAAAGCAUCUCGAGGCAAUGGAUCCCCCCACUGGAUCAAAUUACGAAGUCUAUCUCAAAAUCGUGCAGGCCGUGGCUGCGACGAUCAGACGUCACGGUACAGACAUAUGCCAACUGUCGCGCUUCUUCCUGGUUCCUUCCCGCCAUUAUCGACCCCCCGAAGGCGAUCCCGAGUUUUAUACACAGGGCAUUCUCAAAUAUUGCAGUCACUUCGGUCUCCGACUCAAACAGACUUCCUUUGAGCUUUUCUAUUACCUUCUUGGCGGCUGGAAGAAAGCCUUGGUUUCUGGAGAGGCGAAAAUGCACGAACACAGAAGACAUAUCAAGAGAGCCAUGAAAGAGACUGACUUCAUGCUCUUUCUCCUGAACGAUUUCGUCCCAGCUAUCAUCCAAACGGGCUUCAGGCAUCUAUGGAGUCGAGCGAACAUGAUGUAUGCGGCAUAUCUUCCCCGCUUGGCCGAUAAAAUUGGAGACUACCUCAAUGGCGACAAAGCUCUCGCUCAACCCAUUUUCGAAAAAGUGAUGAACCUACUUCGAAUCAUCAUGAAUUGUUUGCUAGCCAGGUACGAACAUACGGUGCAGCUGAGGUUCCCAUUUCCAAAGGCAGAAGAGAGAACCGUCAGAAGUAUGGCUUGCCUCUUCUGGCUGGAGGUCACUCCUCACCUCGAAAACUAUGUGCGAAGAGUCAGCAAGGAAGAGUCCUUGCAGGAACUGAACCAGCCAUACCUUCGCUACCUGGAGCGCAUGGACGACCGUUUGGAUCCCCCACAUGACCGAAACUUUCAUCGCUCGGCAGUAGCGUAUCGAAUACCCGAUGGCACACCUGUGCCUACCAAUACGGAGAAUGCAUCGCCACAGAGCUCGGAGCUGGAUGAGUCGAAAGCGGAUGAGGAGACGACUGAAACUACAGAAAAUUCGGCAGAGGCAGACAACGCUCCCGCUCCCAUAAGAAGGAAUGGCAAGACUGUCUCUGGCCGAGCCAGAGGAAAUCGCUCUAGACAGCCGGAAGGAGUGCCACCUUUUAUUCUUCCGGAAUCGUUCUUGGAGAGCAAUGUCAUGCUAGCUGGAGAUUUGGUGAAAGAAUCACUCGCAAUAGUGAAGGGCAAAGAAGCCAUAUCCGGAGCCGAUGACCCAGAGCUUAAGAUUUCUGUUGAGACAGAGAAUCAGUCUGCCGAGGAACUGGAUAGUGGAUCAAGUCCUACUCCUAAGUAUGGCAUAAAUUCCGACAUUUAUACAGAAAUCUGUGCCACGCUGCGGGCUGGUCUGGCUCUACGGCCCCCAAAGAACUCGAACUCAAAUCUAAUACCUAGACCCAUCACGGUAUUACAGUGUCCAAUUGAUGGCGGAAGUUCUUACCUGGACGCCAUCGUCGAAAAGGUAUCAGAACAAUUGGGUGCAGAUCUUAUUCGUCUCGACUCGCAAGAUCUUGCACAACUUGUUGGGCCAUAUUUAGAUGAGAAUAUUGCUUGGAAUUUGACCGGAAGCUCUCUCCUCGGGUAUGAAGCGCAUAGACAAGCGGGUAAACUUGAAGAAUACGAUAGCAGCAAGGAAGCACAAGAGAUGGAUGCCGAGGAAGCAGAGGGGGAGGAGGAUGCAGCCCCAGGAUUCGUGAGGUCGGCAAAGGCUGGAGAGUCGAGCAAGCGCAUAAUGUCAGCCAUCUUCACUGCGUUACAACCCAAUUCCUUACGCUCAAACCGCCCGAAGAUGUACGGCCCGUUCAGCGUCUCGAAUCCAAACGCUCUAUUAGAAGGCACUCUUUUUGAUAACAGCAAAGAUUCCCCGCAAGGAAAAGCAACAAGUCCUGUUGGUUUCCAAACAGACGGGUGGGACAAUUUGAAGAUUGCAACAGCAUUCGAAACUUUCGUUGGUGCAUCAGACUUAAAACGUGCUCGUACUCCAGACAAAACUGAGGAGCCACUAGAGGCUGCGUCAGACGAUCAGUCGAGAAAUGUCAUUGUACAGCUCUCAGACUACAAGGAGAUGAUGAUGACUCUUGAAGGAGCAGAGUUGAUUGGGAGGCUUCGCGAAGUUGUAAAUAAGAAAUGGAGGUCUGGAAAGAACAUCAUUCUGGUUGGAACGACGGCCAUGAUAAAUGAUGAUGCAGAGCCAGCCCUUCUCAAAUCAGAAAUUCAGCGUUUGCAGUCAGAUAUCGGAGGCGGCCAGCAAAGGACAAUAUUCGUGCCUCCCGAACGAGGAGUAGGACAAGAUGCGGCGAUCAACAUUGAUGAGAAGACUCGCAUCAAAAGGAUCAACCUCAGGCAUAUCGAGGACAUGAUCCUGAAGCUCUCCGAAGGCACUCAACACCUUUCGCCAGCAGUCGUAGAUCUAGAGAAAGAUCUUGACACUGCCACGGUUUUCUCUGAAGGUCUUGAGGAUGCUGUUUUCACGUAUGCCAGGGUCCACAGGAUUGCCAUUACCAUUCUAGGGCUCGAAGCUUACUUGAGCAAAGUUGAUGGGCCUAUAUUGUCCAAAGCCCUGAAAGUUCUUUCGGCCAGUGACGAAGUCAAAUUUGCUUGGGGGCAAGAAGAAUUGAAGGAAGAAGACGCACAGGUGGAGGAAGUGCUGACCGAUAUUGAUGCAGCACAAAAGAAAGCCAAGGAUAGGCUCAAGGAGAUUUCAAAGAAAUGCAACCGACAGGAGAAGAAGUUACUCAGUGGUGUUGUCCUUCCCAAUGAUAUCAAAACCACUUGGGAUGAUAUACGCGCCCCAAAAGAGACCAUCGAAGCCACGAAGACACUGACCACCCUGUCCUUGAUUCGACCUGAAGCCUUCACUUACGGCGUGUUAGCCACAGACAAAAUUCCGGGUCUUUUACUGUAUGGACCCCCUGGGACCGGGAAGACUCUCCUCGCAAAGGCCGUUGCAAAAGAGAGUGGGGCAACAGUGCUGGAAGUUAGUGGAGCUGACUUGAACGACAUGUUCGUUGGUGAAGGGGAAAAGAACGUGAAGGCCGUGUUCAGCUUGGCGAAGAAGCUUUCCGCAGACCGACCUUGCGUCGUAUUUAUUGACGAGGCUGAUGCUAUUUUUACUGCCCGAGGCGAGACUAAAAGAACAGCCCAUAGGGAGCUGAUUAAUCAGUUUUUACGGGAGUGGGAUGGAAUGAAUAAUCUCUCAGCUUUUAUAAUGGUAGCCACCAAUCGACCCUUCGAUUUGGACGAAGCUGUCCUCCGCCGCCUCCCGAGGCGCCUGCUUUUAGACCUUCCGGUGGAGGCAGACAGAGAAGCAAUCCUCAAGAUCCACCUCAAAUCAGAGAUCCUCGAUGAAUCAGUCUCCCUCUCCCAGCUCGCAAAAGACACCACUUUUUACUCUGGAUCCGAUCUGAAGAACCUCUCCGUCGCAGCAGCUUUAGCAUGCAUCCGAGAAGAGAACGAAGUAGCAGCCAAGCACGCUAGCGACGAACCUUACGUCUACCCCGAGAAGCGAAUCCUUACGAAAGCUCAUUUCGACAAAGCAAUGGAGGAGAUCAGUGCCAGUAUCAGUGAGGAUAUGAGCACGUUGACCGCGAUCAGAAAAUUUGAUGAGAAAUAUGGUGAUAGAAAAGGAAGGAGGAAAAAAGCUGCAGCGUUGGGCUUUGGAGGCACUACGAUCGUGGAGAAGGAUUCAGAGUCUGCGCGGGUGAGGAAAAUGGAGGCUUGAUGGUUGGUGCAAGACCUUGCAUAACGCCUUCACGUCAGCUUGCUGUACCUUGUAUAAUUUGAAUGUAACAGUAGAUAGAGCUCAAAAUAGACUUGAUAAUUGGAGAGCGUACGAGCUUGCCUCUCGC